UUCAGUGCUCUAUCCAAAUUCGGCGGCCAGCCCUACGAUGAACACCCGUUAAGCAUAUUCAAUAUACAAGACUGGCCUGCUGCUAAGAUGCGAAGAAUUCGUCCAGAAUUCUUUAGACAAAAUUUGCGUGGAGCUUGGGAGUUCAACUAUGUUGGUGCGAAGAAUGCUCUUCGUGACGACUUAGCUGUAUUAUAUGAAACGGUAGUCAAAACUCAGUAUGGAGCGCAUUUCACGCAAGAUGACGCUGAAGCUUUGGUGCAGAUAUGCGUUGCAUAUGGAAAAGCGUUCCAAGAUUAUGUAGACUACAAAGCUGCAUACUUUCCAUUCUGA